AUGCUGCCACAAUCAAUGACAUUGAUUUUGAUCCUUUUGAUGGCCGUCGUCUAUUGUUUGUCGGCGGAAUUACCUGGAAAUGCUUACUUGCCACCGCCACCGAAGUCGAAAUCCGCCUUUUCGAUUGCCGCUGACGAAUCCUUGCUAUCUGCUCUUAAUGGAUUUUUGAUCUUUGAUAAGUCACAGGACUACCAGGACUCUCAGGACUCAUAUGCCAGAUAUGCUCCUGUUUUUGUAGACUAUCCAGGACUUCAGCAACAGGAAUAUGCCUUGGAUUUGCCCUUUUGA